CACUCCCACGCAUAUAUCCCCCCACCACAAAUCUUCCGCCAUGGAUGACGAUUCAGCACAGCAGACGGGCAUCGUCCUGGGGACGGCCUUUGCGUCCAUCAUCGCGGGCUACAUGUUCGGCGUCUUCACCACCCGCGGCUACGUCAUCUCCCCCGAGCUGGCCGAGGAGCGCCGCGCCAACCUGAACGACCCCGUCGAGAGCGACGAGAGCGACAUUGACGAGGACGACACCAUUCUGGACCACGCGCCCAACUGGGCCAACGGCGCCGACGCCGACCGCAGGCAGGGCCUCAAGAUCUCGGAGAAGCCCGUCGUCAAGGACACGGGCGAGGAGUGCAAGCUGGUCUUGGUGGUACGGACGGAUCUGGGCAUGACAAAGGGCAAGAUUGCCGCGCAAUGCUCCCACGCCACGCUCGCCUGCUACAAGAAGCUCAUGCGGGCUCCCGAGGGCUCCGCCGAGCGCAAGCUGCUCGCCCGCUGGGAAAAGUACGGCCAGGCCAAGAUCGCCGUGCAAAUCAAGAGCCAGGAGGAGCUGCUGGAGCUGUCCCGCAAGGCCCGCGGCAUGGGCCUCACCGCCGAGGUCAUCCAGGAUGCCGGCCGCACCCAGAUCGAAGCCGGCAGCAUGACGGUCCUGGGCGUCGGCCCCGCCCCGCGGAGUGUCGUCGACCAGGUCACUGGUGGCCUGAAGCUGCUGUAGGGGAUGAGCCACGGGGGUAAUACCGUGGGUAUGAUGCGACGAUGGAUUGGGUGUAUCAUAUGGGGAGUUGAACAUAGACAGGGACCCGGCUGGGUUAUCCAAAAAGCAUACUGGGAAAAAAUAGAUCGGCCUGCCGCCAUGGCGUUUAUUGACACAAGGACCAGUCUUGACUCAGACCGUCGCACGCACACGUA